UGCUCACAUGCAUAUUAGCAACCAGUCCUUUAUGAUUUGAAUUAAUGAGAAAAAGAGGAUUCUAGUUGAAAACUAUAGUGUAUUUGGUAUACAUUGAAAAAAAUGAAUUUGGGCGAUGAAUUUCCGAAUUUUACCGCUGAUACAACUAUAGGAGAGAUCAAAUAUCAUGAUUGGCUUGGAGAUUCAUGGGGUUUGUUUUUUACUUACCCGGCUGAUUUCGCUCCAGUCUGCACCACUGAAUUAGCUAAGGUUGUCAAGCUAUAUCCUGAAUUUGUUAAAAGGAAUGUAAAACCUAUAGCACUUUCAUGUGAUACUGUAGAAUCACAUAAUAAAUGGAUUGAGGAUAUUAAAGUGUUUGCAGAGCAUUCAGCUGAAGGGUUUCCGUAUCCAAUUAUAAGUGAUGAAGGAAGAGAUUUAGCGUGUCAAUUGAACAUGUUAGAUCCUGAAGAAAAAGACAAAGAUGGAAUUCCUCUAACAGCAAGAGCUGUCUUCAUUAUUGACAACAAAAAGAAAAUGAGGCUUUCGAUAUUAUAUCCAUCCAAUGUCGGAAGGAGUAUUGAUGAAAUACUCAGGACAAUAGAUGCUUUAAUGUUGACUGACAAAUAUAAAGUUGCAACUCCAGUUGACUGGAAGGUUGGCCAAGCCGCUAUGAUUCAGCCAACAGUAAGUGAUGAAGAGGCAAAGAAAUUAUUUCCAGUUAUGACAGUAGUUGCCCUACCUUCUGGAAAUAAAUAUAUCAGACAAAGCCAUGUUUAAAUUUUAAGAGUUCGAUUUAAUUUCAAAUGAAAAAUGUUUCUUUUUCUGAGCUGGAUCUGUAUAAAUUUAUAGAAUAAUGUAUAUGAAAAUGUUCUGUAUUUUUGUUCAAAAAAAAUAAUCAUUCAUAUGAUAUUACAGAAAUACAAUGUUUUUGUUUCAUGUUAUUUAAAAAAAAGCUAUGUAAAUGAAAAAAUAAUACAUAAGUUGGAUGAAA